GCAACAUGCGUACAUAAUUGUACAUUUCCGCUUUAUCAUUAACUUAUGAAACACGUACUUGCUUUGCUCAUGUAUGAGUUGGUGACAUGAUUGGGGUGUUGCCGGCCGUUGAGUAUUUACUAUUUACGUGCGUUGCAAGCCACUUUGAACAAAUUUACAAUGAUUCAUCCUUUUAAUGCGUUGUAAAGUGAGUGUAUUGUUAAAGUCGAUUUUGUAUUGAGAUAAAUACAAAGAAGAAAAUUGCGCAUUGCCAAAUUUGAGACAUUUACAUAACCUUCAAGGAAACAAGAUGUGGAAAGCCGCCGUUGGUACAAACGUAAAUCUUUCUGCUCAGAAUGAUGGUGAUGAUGAUUGGGAAACUGAUCCAGAUUUUGUUAAUAAUGUUACUGAGCAAGAGCAGCGAUGGGGAUCGACUACUAUUGAAGGCUCUGGGAGAACAGCAGGUUCAAUCAAUAUGGAACAGCUGAGGAGGGAAACAGAAGCUGCAGAUGCUGUAAAAAAGAAGAAGGAUAUGGAUGAAGGGCCUAAUGCUUCCUUUGGCUAUGGUGGCAAAUUUGGAGUAGAAAAAGACAGGAUGGAUAAGUCUGCAGUAGGUCAUGAUCAUAUCGAAAAACUACAGAAACAUGCAUCUCAAAAGGACUAUGCCACUGGUUUUGGUGGAAAAUUUGGUGUGCAAACAGACAGAGUUGAUAAGAGUGCUGUAAAUUGGGACCACAAAGAAAAAAUAGAAAAACAUGCUUCUCAAAAAGAUUAUGCUGCUGGAUUUGGAGGUAAAUUUGGUGUGGAAACAGACAGGCAAGAUAAAUCAGCAGUUGGUUGGGACCAUGUUGAAAAAGUUGACAAACAUGAGUCACAAAAAGAUUAUAGCGUUGGUUUUGGUGGGAAGUUUGGCGUGCAAAAAGACAGACAAGACAAAUCUGCAGUUGGUUGGGAUCAUCAUGAAGCCCCACAGAAGCACGAGAGUCAAGUCGAUCACAAAGUUGGUUUCGGUGGAAAGUUUGGUGUACAAACUGACCGAAUGGAUAAAUCUGCUGAGAGUUUUGGUUCGCAACCCGCUAAAAUCGGGACAAAUUAUGAUCGUGUAAAGCCUGACAUUGCCGGUGCAAAACCUUCUGAAAUGCGGGCGAAAUUUGAAUCAAUGAAUUCCCAGGAAGGCAGUAAGCCGCCAUCUUUAACAUCAUCCCCAGCACCUCGGAAAGUGCAUGCGAAAGCAGCGGCAUUCACCGAACAACCGAAAGCAAGCGAGAAUUUUGAACGCGCUGCACCUAAACAACUAGACCAGACGAAAAUGGCCUUCUUGCACAAUCAACCCGAAACUGCCAGUGUUCCCACAACCGAAAAACAACCAGGCCAACUUGAUAAAUCCAAAUUUGCGCAAUUUAAUAGUCCCACUCCCGAGACAACGUCGAACAGUACUAAUCGCGUAGCUGAAGAAAUCCAGCAAUUGCGACAAGCUGCGCAGUCUCAGGCUGCAUACCAAGAAGAGGAAAUCUAUCCGGAAGAAACGCAGACAAUGCAACAACCAGAAGAACAUGCUGAAGUGAUACCAGAAGAAGUUCACACUCAACAAAUCUAUGAUGACGUGCCCGGUGAAGAAAUGCAGCCUGAGCAAUAUGAUGAGUAUCAGGAUGAAAUUGUUGAUACAAUGCGCACGGCUAUCGCUUUAUACGAUUAUGCGGCUGCCGCUGAAGAUGAGAUAUCGUUUGAUCCGGAAGAUAUUAUCACGCAUGUGGAACUUAUUGAUGAAGGUUGGUGGAGAGGAAUGUGCAAAGGACGCUACGGCUUAUUUCCAGCCAACUAUGUGAAGCUUCAGGAGUAAUCCUAUUUACUUUUUAUAUCGAAGUAUUUAUACGCAUUAUUGUAUUAAUUCAUGUUUUCCAUUAAUUACUGCUCAAUCAGGUGAGAUGAAUGUGCGAUAAUAACGCAUUCUUUUAAUUCUAAUCGUACUUAGAGAAGAUAUUUUUAAUCAUAUAAUUGUAUUUUUUAUUUAAACACGAAGUAUUCUUCAUUUUUGAUGAUUAUAUUUUUAAUAUUGAGUAAAAAACGCUGGAGAAUUAAUAUAUUUCUGUUUGUACAGAAAAACAUCCUCAAUAAUGAAUUAAAAUGAGCCUUUAUCGGAGAAAAUAA